GUUCUUUGAUCAACGAGUGCUUCUCCUCGUGGUUAUGUUUUGAAUUUCAAAACAUUUCUUGUAAUUAAAUUAUUUAUAAAUUUACUGGCUUGAACAAUACCUUAUCGUGAAUUUCGCCAGUACCUCAAAGUGAUUGGAUUAUAAUUACAAAUGGAUUCCGUACCAAAACUGUACGAAAGGCUUGGUGAAAUACCAAAACAAAAUGGAGAAACUGUGCAAUCGUUGAAAGAACUCGUAAAAUUCCUACAAUUGGGAGCUAGGAAAGACCUAAAAACUAUAUCUCUAGAAACAAUUCUUUCCAUGUCUGCCGUUACCGACAAUGGUACCUGGGCAAUACUAUCAGUCCCUGAAGUACUAGUAAGUCUUGUAUUCCUCUUACAAGACAACGAUGCAUGUAUAACAAAAGAUGCUGCUUGCUGCCUAAUCAAUUUAUCCGCUGAUAAGUAUGGACCUCGUGAACUGCUAAAUCUAGAUGAAGAAUACUGCCCUCCUCUUCAAACCAAACCCAAAUCAAUUGUACAUGAAUGUUUUAAACAUAUAUUCGACAAAAAAAGUAUCAUCGCCGAUCACUGCUGUAUGAUUCUGUGCAAUCUGAGCAGAGACAAGGAUGCGGCUAUCCAGACCUAUGAAUUAUUGGAAGAUAGUGAAUUCAGAAUUAACGAUAUACUAAGUAUCUUCACUAAAGUACAAUACAAUGAAGUAGGGGCCAACUUGCAUUAUCUUGGACCGUGGUUGAGUAAUAUGACUCAAGAUAAGAGGGUGCGAAAGUUUAUUUUCGAUUCGAUUAACGUUGUCAAUAAUCUUCUGCCAUAUACAACUUAUAAGAAGUCAACAGUUAGAAGGGGUGGUGUCGUAGGUGUUUUGAGGAACUUGUGCCUCGACGUAGAGUUCAAUGAGUGGUUGGUUUUUGAAGUAGAUAUUUUGCCGAGUCUCCUUUUACCUCUAGCAGGUAACGAAGAAUUUGACGAUGAAGACACUGAAACGUUACCUAGUGAAUUGCAGUAUUUACCUGACGACAAAGAAAGAGAAAGCGAUCCAGACAUCAGGAAAAUGUUGGUAGAAGCUAUCACACAAUUGUGUACAGAAAAAAAAAAUAGGGAAUAUAUAAGAGAUAAAGGGACUUAUCUCAUUAUGCGAGAGUUGCAUAAGUGGGAAAAAGACCCAGCUGUUUUGACAGCUGUCGGAAAUCUGGUUGACAUAUUGAUAAGGACCGAGGAAGAGAUCGGACUGGAAAACUUGAAAGAUGUUGAGGUACCGGAUGAUUUAGCAGAAAAAUUCAGUAAAAUGGAUAAUAACGAUACAGUCUGAAAUAAACGAUAUUUCAAUGAA